GGCUGCACCAACAUGCGGCUGCGUGUGAUGUAACAGAUAACUCCUAACUGGCCGAUAACACCAACAGGCGACGCUCAGAUGACACGGUGUUUACAUCAUGCAGAGGGGCUUCCAGCUGGGAUUGCUGCUUCUGGUGGUCCAGCUGUUCCAGGAGGGUCUCGGGAACAUCCCUGCAGUCACCCUGGCUGUCCUGGGAUUCAAUGUGUAUCUUUAUGUGUUCCCUGCUGCUCCAAUGAUGGAGGCCUGUGUGAGCCUCCAGCGUGUGUACAGGAAUAAAGAGUGGCAUCGCCUCUUCCUGUCCCCCCUGCACCAUGUGGAUGAUUGGCACCUCUACUUCAAUAUGGUGUCCUUCAUCUGGAAAGGUAUCAGGCUGGAGCGUUGUCUGGGGGCAGCCUGGUUCCUAUACCUGCUGUCAGUCUUCUCUCUGCUCUCCGGACUCGUCUAUCUGCUGCUACAGGCAGCACUGACAAAACUCAUCGAGGACUCUGAUCCGUUGAUGACAUUAACAGAGGAGUGUGCUGUCGGCUUUUCAGGUGUCCUGUUCGCUCUGAAGGUGGUCAGUAACCAUUACAACCCCGGUGGGGUGACCUUCGUGUUGUAUAUGCGUGUGACCAAUCGCUUCGCCAGCUGGGUGGAGCUAGUGCUGAUCUAUCUCAUUUCUCCCGGGACCUCUUUGGUUGGCCACCUGGCAGGUAUUCUGGUGGGUCUGCUCUACACUUGGGGUCCACUGAAGGCCAUCAUGAAGACAUGUGCAGAGUUGGUGUCUCCAGAUGGAAAUAGUCCACGACCGAGUUCAUUCUUCAGCUCUUCAGGUUAUAGCGGGACAAGACAAGAACACUCAGAAGAUCCACAGCAUGCGGAAGAUCAUAUUGCAGGUGAUGCAUCUGCAUACACAGAAUCUUAUAUCGCAGGACUGACGGAGGAAGAGCAGAUAGAAAUGGCGAUCAGAAAAAGCCUGAAUGACAAAGGACAAAGCAGGCAGAGGCAAACUGAGCACCCCACUGAGGAGGAGCAUGCUGAAGAUCAAACUGCAGAUGAUGCAUCUGAAUACACAGAAUCUUAUAUCGCAGGACUGACUGAGGAAGAGCAGAUUGAAAUGGCGAUCAGAAAAAGCCUGAAUGAUGGAGGCAAAAGCAGGCAGAGGGAAACUGAACACCUCACUGAGGAGGAGGUGAGCCAAGAGGAGCUCAGGAGCAGAAGAUUGAGGAGGUUUAAACACGAUGUUUCCAGCCAGAGGAGGAGAAGAUUAUAAUGACAGGAUGAGAAUCUCAUCUCUCUUUUUAUCUUGUUUAUUAAAAUGUUCUGUUAAAAAAAAAAAAACAAAGCCUAAAUUGGAGGGCAUUGCCAAUGUAAAAGACUUUAAACUGGCUAGUUGUGCCUCUCUUUACAUUCUAUUUUUGCACAAUAAAU